AUGGCGACGAACGUGACGACCACUGUAUCGUCCCCUGUGGACACGGGCAGCACAAAGAUUACCAUCUAUACCAUUGGAGCCUUCGUGGCGCUGACCGCCUGGUUGAUUCUCAAAGACCGAUCUCUGAAUCUACCCGAUGGGCCUCGGGGCCUUCCCCUGGUGGGCAACAUGUUCUCCAUGAACGACGGCACGUUACUGCACCUCAAGCUCACCGAAUGGUCUCGUCAGUACGGAGACUUUUACUGCUACAUGCUUGGUCGAGCGCCUGUUGUUGUGCUUAACAGCCCCCAGACCAUCAGCGACCUUUUUGUGAAACGCGGAAACAAGUAUUCUUCGAGACCGAGGGUUUCGAACCAGGCGAGCAUCAUCACGCAAGACGCACGUAUUGUGGCGAUCCCAUACGGAGAGCAGUGGCGGAAACACAGGAAAGCGUUCCACGAGCUUCUCAACAUGCAAAACGCAAAGAUGUUUCUCCCUUACCAGGAAUACGAGAGCAGACGAACGUUGAAGAAUUUGCUCGAGGCGCCGACUGGGUUUUGGCGAGAAGUAACCAGAUAUUCGGCAAGUGUGACUUUCUCCCUGCUCCUAGGAUGUCGCUUUGAUUCUGCCGAUACGUUGAUCCCCCAAGAGAUCAACAAAAGAAUGUUGAAAAUGUUCAAGGCCAUCCGACCAGGGGCCUGGCUUGUUGACUGGCUCCCAUUCCUCGACUGUCUCCCCGACGCACUGGCCCCGUGGCGCAAAUCCGCCGUCGACCUUCGAACCUCGAUCAUGCAAUUCUUCCUCGUCUUCUACAAUGUCAUGAAGGAGAGGGUUCGCAACGGAACCGCCCCCGACUGUUUCUUGGCCCGCCUCCUGGAGCAAGAGGGCUCGGUAUUUGAUGAAUCGGAACCGCCCCAUAUGAUUGGAACGACCAUGGCAGCCGGGACAGACACCACCGCGACCACUCUUCAGUUCUUUUUCAAGGCGGCUAUCCUCUUCCCCGACGCGAUCAAAAAGGCACAAGAGGAGAUCGAUCAAGUUGUGGGACCACACCGCCUUCCAGGCUGGGAAGACCGAAAGAAUCUUCCGUACAUCGAGGCCGCGAUCAAUGAGACGCACCGAUGGGCCACAGCCACGCCGCUGGCUUUCAUCCACGCCACGAGCGAAGCGGACGUGUAUCGUGGGAAGGACAUUCCCGGCGGUACGAUUGUGUACAGCAACAUCUACGCCGUGCACAACGACCCCAACGUCUUCGCGAGGCCCGAAGAGUGGAUCCCGGAAAGAUAUCUGCCCGCCUCGGACAACAGAGCAGCCCCCGAAGCGAACCAUGCGGGCACACACUACGCUUUCGGAGCGGGUCGUCGAGAGUGCCCUGGUAGGCAUGUGGCAGAUGCAAGCCUCUACAUUGUGAUUAGCCGUAUGUUGUGGGCGUUUGACAUCGUGGGAAAUCCAAAGAAGCCGCCCCAGCCGGGUUACUCGGGAGCGUUCCCUGUGUUUGGCCCUGUGGAGUUUGAAGCGACUGUCAAACCACGCAGCGAUGCCGCUGCUCGUUUGGUCCGUAAUGAAGCAGAAAUCAAUCGUCCAGCAGACAUGGAAGAUUCAACGGUCUACGACGACCUUGUUGCUAAAUUGCCGCCCUUGCCCUAG